CAGUUGAUGUGGCCACACAUUCUUCUUGUGGGGUUGCAGUCACGGGAGACAAUCAUCUGUUUGCCGGAGAUGGACGCUUGCAGACCUUCUUCCUCUCUCCCCCUGUAUCUCCUCUUCAGCUUCAGCUUCACCUUCAUGGCCGCUUUGGGACUCUCCGACGACACCGAUGCCAUCUCCUCCACCUGCAACCACACACUCUACUUCGACGUGUGCAUGUCCACGCUCACGUCCCGCCCAAGCAGCCGCCGCGCCGACGUGUACGGCCUCGCCGCCAUCUCCCUCGACGUCGGCAUCACGCAUGCCAAGGCGACCAUAUCGUACACCAAGAGCUUGAGCAAGCAGAAGGGCUUCGCCGGCGGCACGUACGCGUCCGUGUGCAUCGCGGAUUGCUUGGAGGAGUACAAGGAGGCGGUGCAGAGCCUCCGCGAGUCCACCGGUGCUCUUCGGAGCGGGUCUUACGACACGGUCAACGCGCUGGUGUCGGGAGCCAUGACGAAUUCCGACACGUGCGAGAGCGCGUUCGGGGAGAAGCCGGGCCUGCAGUCGCCGUUGACGGAGAGGAACGACUACUUCUUCAAGCUCUGCAGCAACUCCAUUGCCAUCACCAACCUCCUUGCUUGAGGUCACUCUGCAAUAGAGCAAAUUUCCAUCUAUACUACUAUUUUAUGUUGUAAUUUCUACAAACAGGAUGUUGUUGAAGGUCAUGAGACCUAAAUAAAUCUUGUAAUGAUCAAAAUAUUCAUGAGUUUUGCCUCAACUAAAUCAUGCAUAAUGAACAUUGUAGCAAGCAUUGGCCUGCAUGAACAAGUUUAUCAGAUCAAAUCAAAAGGAUUAGGUCCACAAAUCAUUCCA